CCCCAAGUAACUCCAUUCUUCUUCUCUCUCACUCUCUCAACUCAGUCAUUUGGUACAAUUACGCGCCCAUGGAGCACAAGCGAAGCCGAGAAGAGGAGGAAUCUUGCAAUUCGCCGUCAUCGCCCGAGGCGAAGCGCUUCCACGCGGACAUACUCCUCGGAAUCUUCGAUGACGGCGACCAAGAAGACGACGUGGGCUGCCGGGAGGCCCCCUUCGACGUCCCCGAGGAACUCGCCACCGUGAUGAGGAGCCUGGAGCGGGAGAUCGCCCUCGCAGCCCCCUCCUCUUCCUCCCCCUCGCCGUUGCCGGAGCUGGGCUACCUCUUGGAGGCUUCCGACGACGAGUUGGGGAUACCGCCGGCGGCUGAGGAGGAGCGCGGGGGCGGCGUAGAGGCGGAGAGAGCCGCGGCGAUGUGGCUCGGCGACGAUGAUGGGAUGUCCGGGUACGGUUAUGAUGGGUUGGGCUUCGGGUUCUUCCGGUUUGAGGAGGCGGAUGAUGAGGUGGACGACGGUGGGCCGUUCGAUUACGCCAGAGAUGACAUCUGGAUUGUCUGAUUUGUAUAUACGUACAUAUCGAAAUAGUCAAGGAAAGGAAACCUUCGCUUUACGGAGCACCGGCCGUUAUAAUGUACGUUACAUGUGGAAACCGUUAUAUUGCA